AUGCCAGAAACUUGCAGCCUAGAGCGGAUAAGCAAGCACCAGGAAGAUGAUGAAGAACGAAAACAGUUGUUGUCCACAGGCACGAAAUUGCAACUGAAGAAAUUGCAGUUGCAAUCGAACUUGGGGACAUACUGUGAUGUCACCAUGGGCCAGUUAAAACCAUUUAUAUCCAAAUCUUUACGCAAAGAGGUAUUCAACUUAGUGCAUUCUUUGGCACAUACUGGUUCCAGAUCCACAGCACGACAACUCGCAUCAAAAUACGUGUGGCCAUCAAUGCGCAAAGACAUAAACACUUGGGUUCGACAGUGUAAGGGUUGUCAGCAGUCCAAAAUCAAUAGGCACAACAGAAUGAAGCCAACCGAAUUUCCAAAAACCGAUCAGCGAUUCGACCAUGUCCAUCUGGAUUUAAUUACAUUACCAGAAUGUCAGGGUUAUAGAUACGCAUUAACCAUGAUUGACAGGUUUAGUCGAUGGCCAGAAGUGACACCCUUAAAAGACAUGACCGCAGAUACAGUAGCCGUAAAUUUCUAUGCAACCUGGGUAUCCCGGUUUGGUGCGCCGAAAGUAAUAACAACAGACCAGGGAACACAAUUCGAAGCAGAUCUGUUCCGAGCUUUGACUGACCUGUUAGGAACCAAACGAAUCCGCACUACGCCUUAUCAUUCACCAGCGAAUGGGAUGGUAGAGAGGUUCCACCGGUUACGAGUAUCAGUGAAGGAAGACAUAGGAGCAUUUGCUGGAGAGAUGAUUUAUGGUAUCAACCUCCGUCUGCCUGGAGAAUUCUUUGAACAUAAAACCCAAUCAACUUCGUCAACGCCUCCUAAUCAAUCAAAUUUUCUAAAUAAAUUUCGUGAAUAUUUGCGUGAAGUGCGACCAACGCCAGCAGCACAUCAUAGCAACAGGCCAAUUUUCAUACAUAAAGAACUCAACAAUUGCUCACACGUUUUUCUGCGUUCAGAUCACAUCAGAAAACCACUAGAACCACCAUAUACAGGACCGUAUGAAGUAUUGAACAAAAUAACUGAACGAGUGUUCACAAUUGAAGUAGGUGACAAAAAGUUGAACGUUUCAAUCGAAAGAUUGAAGCCAGCGUUCCUGGAAAAUACAGAUGUUCCAGCAGAACCGAAGUUGUUAGAAAUCUUGGUAGACAAUCCUAGGCCAAAGCAUGACACACCACCAGCAAGAAGCACGCAGAAAAAAGUUACGUUCGCGGAAGACCCGCUUCAAUUAAACAACAGUCCAUUGCAGUCAGACGCCAUAGACAAAAAGAAGGUCACACUCACACGUAGUCUUCAUCACAAUCCUUCGGCUAUCGUCUAA